AUGGAUGUACGUUGUAUGCACUUAGCGAUGGUUGCAGGUCAAGAAUCCACGCCUAAAAAACAAUGCAGUCAUGCAGUCAAUCAGGGAUCACUUUCCCUUUGUAGGUUGGUAAAACCCAGUCUCCCGCGCAGCCAUUCUCUGCCUCUUAAGAGGUACAAGAGAAAUUCAAAUCCGCUUGCAUCGACUAGUCUACGUUCAAAUUCUCUGCUAAGAAGGGAGCAACUUAUUAUGGGCUAACGAACGUUCAAGUCACAAACUUGUCAGUAUUUGCCAGACCAAAACAAAAUGCAGCUUAAAUGUAAGUUUUAUCUAUUUAUUUAUUUUAUUUUUUAACCUAGGCUGUUGGAAUUUUUAUAAUAUUUUAAACACCUUUUUGUUGUAAAUGUUAUCAUCUCUUUGUAUAUCGUUUUAACCUUGUGAGAUUUUUUUUUUUUUUUUUAUUUCAGCUGAUCUAUCUUUUGCAGUACAACAAUGUAAUGUACUUUAGAAACGCUUGCUCUAUGUUAAUCUCUGCAGGGAGAUCCUCGCUCUGUGAGGGCAUUUUGGAUAUGAUAAGAGUUGACCAUGGCGCCAAGGCUUACCUGAUGCUUUUUUUGCAGAAUCUAUUGAGAAACGAAAGGGAAAACCUGAGUUGCAAACCGUAUAUCCAGACACAGUCUAGGCAAGUAAGUAGAAAGGAGGCGUCCAUCGGUGUAAAGUGUACUAUAAACGCGAUACUGUAACGACAUCAUAAGGAUUUUGUUGUGACUCAUUAACACUACUAUACCCCUUAUUCCGUUUCCAUUAUCAGAAUUUGCCAGCAGAACACAAGUGGCCAGAAGUCAAUCAGAGAGUCAUUUACCCGAUAAAAGAUGUUAUUGUGAGGAUGGAGACCAAUCUGAUGAUAAACCUAAAUGACACUGCUGUAAAACUUUGCCUUUCUUUCAUUACCAUGAAUGUAGCUGAGAUCGGACUCAAGAGGGUGCAGGAAUCCUGGAAUUCGCAUCCGAUUAAAGGUUAGACUCGCGGCAUAGAACACAUCUAGCACAAGAGCAUGUUUGAAUGAGAACCAACUAACUUCCUCAUACAAGACGUCAAACAAUUAUUUAUGCCGUUGAUGCAUUAAACUACAAUUAAAAAGAUAUUACUGUUUGUACUACUGAGAGAGAAAGAGUUGAAAAAUCCAAAGGUCUUCGAGGCGUUUUUCCUAUUUGAGAAAACGCUUUUUCUUUUAAAGUAAAGCAAUUCUUAACUGACGACAUUUUCUAAGAAAUAAUUGCUUUAAGUCAGUUCUUCCAGUAAACCAAUAAAUACUCAUCACGUAUGUGUUACAGAUACUUUACGGGUUCUUGACUGUCACGCGUUCUAUCAGCUACUAAGAUUUAUGAGUUCGAGGUCAUAUCUGUUUAUUAUUUAUAACCCUUUUCCUCUCUUUAUUUUUGUUUUACAGAAAACAGCGAGAGAGAGAGAGA